UCCAGAUCUACUUUCUUUGUAUUCUUCUGUCACUUUUUUAUAGUUCAAUUUCGGAAGGAACUCACUCACAGAAGUAUCUUCUUCUUCCAUGAGGAUCAUCCUUUCCUUUGUUUAAACUUGAAAUUUGAAGAAGAAAAUCCUCAUUUGCUGAUCCAUGGAGUUCACUGAAUCUUACAAGCAAACGGGUCCCUGUUGUUUCUCUCCCAAUGCUCGCUUCAUAGCCGUCGCCGUCGAUUAUCGCCUCGUCAUUCGGGAGACCCUCUCUUUUAAGGUUGUGCAGUUGUUUUCGUGCUUGGACAAGAUUAGUUAUAUUGAAUGGGCCCUUGAUUCUGAAUACAUUCUUUGUGGUCUCUAUAAAAGGCCAAUGAUCCAGGCUUGGUCACUGACACAGCCUGAGUGGACAUGCAAGAUAGAUGAAGGUCCUGCUGGUAUUGCAUAUGCUAGGUGGAGCCCAGAUAGUCGCCACAUACUUACCACAUCAGAUUUCCAGUUGCGUUUAACAGUUUGGUCAUUGGUAAACACAGCUUGUGUGCAUGUGCAGUGGCCAAAGCAUGCUUCCAAGGGAGUUUCUUUCACACGAGAUGGAAAGUUUGCAGCAAUUUGCACAAGGCGUGAUUGCAAGGACUAUAUAAAUCUUUUGUCUUGUCACACAUGGGAAAUCAUGGGCAUUUUUGCAGUUGACACUCUAGACUUGGCUGAUAUUGAAUGGUCCCCUGACGAUAGUGCUAUUGUGAUAUGGGAUUCACCACUUGAAUACAAGGUUCUAAUCUAUUCUCCAGACGGAAGGUGCCUUUUCAAGUAUCAAGCAUAUGAAAGUGGAUUGGGAGUUAAAAGUGUGUCAUGGUCUCCGUGUGGUCAGUUUCUGGCAGUGGGUAGUUAUGACCAGAUGCUGCGGGUCCUGAAUCACCUAACUUGGAAGACAUUUGCAGAGUUUAUGCACCCCUCUACAGUUCGUGGCCCCUGUUAUGCUGCUGUUUUCAAAGAAGUAGAUGAGCCACUGCAACUUGAUAUGUCCGAACUUUGUUUGAGCGAUGAUUUUUCCCAAGGAAAUGAUGAUGCUCCAGAAGAACCCUUCAGAGUCAGGUAUGAGGUUACGGAAGUUCCUAUCAAUUUACCAUUCCAGAAGCCACCUUCUGACAAACCCAACCCCAAACAAGGAAUUGGCAUUUUGUCAUGGAGCAAUGAUAGCCAAUACAUAUGUACUCGUAAUGAUAGCAUGCCUACAAUACUUUGGGUAUGGGAUAUUCGACAUCUUGAGCUUGCUGCAAUCUUAGUGCAGAAGGACCCUAUCAGAGCCGCAGCUUGGGACCCGACAUGCACACGCCUUGUUGUUUGCACUGGAAGCACACACUUGUAUAUGUGGACCCCAUCUGGUGCCUAUUGUGUUCAUGUUCCUCUAUCCCAAUUCACUAUAACAGACCUGAAAUGGAAUUCGGAUGGCAGUUGUCUACUUCUCAAGGACAAGGAGUCAUUCUGUUGUGCUGCUGUACCCUUAUUGCCAGAAUCUAGUGAAUACAGCUCAGAUGAGUGAUGCUUAUAAAACAAAAUGAUGGUAAAAAUAUGAGCAGCCCUCGGUAUCUGAGUGCAUCUGGUAGAUAAGAAUUCAAGGUUUAAGUUCAUAUAAAAUCCUGCAGUUGCAUAUUCAAUUUGCAUGAUAGUGCCUUGUAUUCGUUGGGGAGGGUAUGCUGAUCAAGCAUUUUCAGAAGGGGCAAUGGAGCAGAGAGCUAUGUUGUAAGAGCUGCUAUAAGUGAAACCUUUUGUAAUGCAUUUGGGAAAAUUCAAAGGCCAUCUCGGCCACUGUAGUAAGAGCAUAUAUAUUAAAUGCCAUUCUGUUUUGUUUCAAAAAA